CAGCCGCCCACUCCUCCCCUUGCUCUCUCUCUUUCUCUCCCAACACUUCCUGGCUGGUGUCCCCUCCUCGCCUCAGGAUUCAGCCCCCCCCCCUCUGCCUCUUUCGCCAACCGGUCCACGAAAUACCAUGUCCUCCGAGUCCGCCCCCUUCAGCGCGGACUGCAUUUCCGCCACCCAUCUGGCCAAUGCCAAAUGGGCCACCGGCCGGCGUCUGCUCAGUGCCCUCAUCAGUGAAGGCCUCCUCAGCUGCUUCGCCCUGGCGCAAAGCGACCCCCGUGUGCCCGCCAACCCGGUAACCCUCUUCCCCGGCACCCCGGACGCCGGGCCCGCCCUGCCGGGCACCCUCCGCUGGCUGGCUCUGCCCCUGGCCCCGCGGCAGGUGCUGGAGCCCACCUUCGGCGCGCCGCACGAUGCCGAGCCCGCCCGCUGUGCCACCACCCCCCCGAUCGAGUAUUCCGACUCCCCCGGCACAUCGCCACCCCCCGGCUACACCCCCACCGCCCAUGGCCCGACCGCCUACCUGGCCGGGAUCUGCGCCGCCGCGGUCGAUGCCUCGACCGACGCGCUCCUGGUGGCGGUGGCCGCCGACAUCCUGGAUAGCACCUUCCCGGCCGGCUUCCCCGUGCGCUCCGUCGACCCGGACGACCUCCUGCCCAUCGGCGGUGCCUUCCACCGCGGCCAGCUCAUCACCUCCCCGGUGGACAUCUACCGCCUGGCGGCGCCGCACAUUCGCGCCGACGACGAUGCCACCAUCUUCCCGGACGACAUUCACCAGCUCAUCCUCAAUGAGCUGGAGUCCUCGGUCCGCAACCAGGCCAUGGCCCUGGCCUGGCGCGACGUCCAUGCCCUCGCCGCCCCGACCCCCGGCGACCCGCCCAUUGCCUGGGAGAAGGCCAUCAUCGAGGGCCACGCCACGCACCCAAUGCAUCGGACCCGCUUCGGCCUCGAUGACCAGCAGGCCAUCCAAUGGGCCGCCGAGCUCGGCGGACUGGUGGACAUCGCCUUCAUCGAAGUCCCCCACGAGGCGGUCGUCGAGUAUGGCAACUUUUCCCAAGUCUUCGCCGAGUGGCUCCCCCCGGCUUCGGACCCCGCCACCAAGAAGGUGGUCCCCAUCCAUCCCGGCCAGUGGCCCAACAUCGCGGCCCGCUUUGCCGAUGCCAUUCUCCUGGACCGGCCCCCGGCCCCGGAACACCGGGCCAUGGCGCAAACCUCCCUCCGCAGUGUGGCCCUCUCGGGCCCGGGGGCUCCGGCCUUCCACCUGAAGUUCGCCCUGGGCGUCCAGACAACCAGUGCCCUGCGCACGGUGUCCCCCUUCAGUGUCUUCAAUGGCAUUGUCUUUGCCGAGGUGGCCCUGCGCAUCGCCCCCGCCAGCCUCAUCGUCGUGCCGGAGAGCAUCAGCAUCGGCUCGGCCCACCCGGACCCCACGGUGGCCCGGCACAUGGCCUGCCUGGCCCGGCCCGACCCGCUGUCCCUCUGCCCGGCCGGCAGCAACACCAUCGUCUGUGCCUCCCUGGUGGAGCGCGGGCCGGAUGGCGUGCCGAAUGUCCUGCGGGCCUUCCACCUCACCGAUGCCCCGGCGGCCCGGCGCCUGGACUUCUUCCGCCAGUAUGUCCACCUCUUCCUGGACUCCUUCCUGCCGCCGCUGCGUGACCAUGGCUUCGGCUUCGAGGCCCACGGGCAAAAUACCAUGCUCCGGGUGCAGCGCACCGGCGACACCACCGAUGCCGAUGGGCAGCCUGCCUGGUGGCCGGCCGGCUUCGUGGUCCGCGACUUCGGCGGCGUCAAGGUCCACCUGGACACGGUCCGUGCCACCACCGGCAUUGACAUCCGCCUGAAGCCCGGCUCCAUGACCGAGGCCUUCACCCUGGAAGAGGCCUACAUCAAGUUCUUCCACACCGGCAUCCAGCAUCACAUCCACCGGCUCCUUCGUGCGCUGGACCUUCACCGGGCGGACGACGCUUGGCAGAUCGUCCGCGACCGCAUCAUCCACCACUUCCCCCAGAUCUCCCUGCCUGGCGGGCAAUCCACCGCCUCGCAGCAGCCGGCCAGCUCCUGCCUCGCCCAGGCCUGGUUCGCCCCUACCAUCCCCUUCAAGUGCCUCCUGCGCAUGCGCCAAGAGGACUAUGUGUCGGAUGACAUCCUUCGACAUGUUCCCAACCCCCUGGUGUGGAAGCUGUACACCCCGCUCGACAUCGAGCAAUCCCUGGCGCUCAACGGCGCGGCGCCCUCCCUGCCGCAUCUUUCUUCACACUGAGGCCGCCAACCGGACCGCGGCCUCUCUUUCUGUACGUGUGCGUGUGUGUGUGUG